UGUUAAAUAAUUGCUCUAAGAAUCAAGCUUAUGCUUGUAUUUAGUCACACCACUUUAAAUUCUAUUUUUGUCAAUCGUUCAUAUUAUAGCUGGCCCUUCCCCUCAACAGAUGGUGCCAAAGGACCAAACUUCCGUUACUAAUAUCAGCUCACACACCUCGGGGUGGAAGAUUGGAAAUUUAAAAGUUCACCCAGCUUAACAAUUGGUUCAUUACGGAAAUAAUUGAAAUCCAAAAUUUGUUACGUUUCUGUUUGUAAGAGCUACGGUAUUAUUGGAUUGUUUGAAUUCAAUCGGAUGGAGUCUGGAGACAUUAAAGAAAACGACAAACCAUCUUCGAAAAUUGACAAUUACUGUAUUCAAUGUGCAAAUACAAACGGAAUGAAGGACAGCACAACUAAAUGCCGAAUCUGUUUGGCCGAUGAGGGUAAUUUAAUUUCUCCUUGCCUCUGCAAAGGAUCCGUAGGUUUCGUACAUAAAAAUUGCUUAGAAACAUGGUUAGAAAAUCGAAAUGUGGAUUCUUGCGAGUUGUGCCAAACACCGUUUCACGUUAUCCGCAUUCCGAAAAAAUUUAGAGAAUGGUGGCAAAGUAAUGACUCUUUAAAGAACAGAAAAAUUUUAAGAAGAGAUUUAAUUGUUAUAUGUGCAGCAACAUUCCUGGGUAUCCUGAGCGUGUUUAUAUGCUUAGAAAAGAUGGCGAUGGCAAUCGUUUCUUCAUUUUUAAUAAUUUGUUUUUUUCAUCAGCUAUUUGCUACACUUAGGAGGCGUUAUCGUUCCUACAAAAGAUGGAAAAAUAAUCAUAGCAACGUCCAACUUUUGACAGAAUGCUUACGAUAAAUUUAACGAAAUUAUCAAUAUGUCAUCUCCCGUUUCCUCUUAAUUCUG